CAUUACAACUUUUCUAUAAGUAGUUAUAUUAACAAAUCGACAACAUAAAUUAACCGUUUAACAGCAAAAUCUACAUAGGUGCCUAUUCAAAGUCUACAAAAUUUUUUUUAUCGGGAACGUAAAUAACAUCUAACGUUUUGUCCAUGCAUCAAAGUAAUAAUUCUAACAUGGUCAGAGUUGUGGUCUACAUUGGAUUCGUCAUCUAUCUGAUGGUCUUGGCUACAACGUGUUGUUGUCAUCCUGUGACGUCUUCUGAAGUGGAAAGCAUUGCUCGACCUACACGGCCUAAAACUUUCGGUUCACCAGAUGAAUUACGUUCAUAUCUAGACCAAUUAGGACAGUACUUGGCAGUAGUUUCUCGUCCAAGAUUUGGAAAAAGGAAACCUGCGUUUCCAGUUAUCCCGUCCGCCUUCACAACACCAAGGUUACAGUACAUCGACAAUCAACGCAUGCUUAACAAUUUUAUAAGCCGAGAAAACGAGGAAGCUUAUAAAUUACAAUAUAAACCGGCCAUUAUAAGAAAUUCAAAAGACUUGUAUGACAUGUUGUUUACGACACGUCGUGAAAAUGGCAACAAUAAUGACCGCCAUCAAUACUAUUUAAUGCAACAAGAUAUAACGAAUGCAGACAUUGGUUUAGAUUCAAAUUAAUUAUCAUUAAAAUUAUUUGUAGUAUAGUAAUACACGCGUGUAAUGUAUUUAUAUUUCUUAAAAAAAUUUAGUCAUGUACAGGCACUAUUGUACUAGUAAUUAAUAWUAUAAGAAUAUUAUAAAAUGUUGUUAAUUAAACAA